UCACAAAGUGUGCACUGUCCAAACAUGACUGUGAACACCUUGCUCCACCCCUUCCCUCAACCCUCAGCUACCUACCCCAUUCCCCUCCUGGGCUCCUUCAUGCUUCUGUCCUGCUCCCUUCCCAGGGUCGGCUCCUCAUCAUACGCGACCGCUCAAGCAGUUCUGGAGACGCUCAUCCUCCGCAGCCGCCGCCAUGGUUCGCAGCGUUAUCUGCAGAGUGGUCCUGCUGGUGCUCUUCAGCCUCUGGCUGGACUGUGUCAACACAGAAACGCUAGGAGAGCCUGCCUCAGCAAGCAGAGACUACCAGGACACCAUUUCUGGAGAGCCACCAAGUGAUGUCUCCACCAGAAACCCUCCAGAGGCCCAGACAGAAUCAGUCACAAGCGACUAUGAGGACGCAACCAACUCCCAGAACUUGGACGAGGAUCAAGGUGUUCUGGGGCCAGGAGCCAUCACAGCCAUCGUUAUAGCCGUAUUUCUCGGAGCAUCCGUCCUCCUCGCCCUCAUCGUCAUCACACUCAGGAAGUUCAUGGCCUCUUAGAGUGAAUGUUGCUCUCUUCUGUGCGUGUGUUUUUGUGCCAGUGUGUGUGUGUGUGUGGUGUGUGUGUGUGUGCGCUUUCACAGCAAAAGUGUUUGCGUGCCAGUCGUCUGCCUGUUGGUUCAAUCUCAACUUCAAGCUCCCACCCAUCUCCUCCCACACAGAUGAGUUGCUUUGCUUUAGAUGCUGAAUAUUGCGGCAGGUCCCUUAAUUUACAGUGAAACUCUGAAGACAGAGCAGAGGAAUCUUAGAAACUGGCUGGCUCUACCAGUGUAACCACAGCACAUCUUUUUGAAUUUGUUGUGCUUUAUACUUUCCUCCUAACAAUCGCUUUUUGUUUCUAAGUAGUUUUUUUUUACCCCUUUCUUCUGUAGAUCUCUCUUUUUGUUUCUUGCGGUAGUUUUGUAACACAUUCUGUUUCUUCUCAUCUCCAAAUGGAAAUGCUCUGAGUGCUUUUCCUAAAUUUAAAUUCAUGCCAAAAGAAUCCCAGAAGCCCCCCCACCCCCGUGUCACACUUUAACAUAUUUAGAAGUUUGUAUUACACCAUUCACAAACAUUUGCAGAGUCAAAAUAAGAAGAGAGUAUUUCUAAAAAGGGCUUUCGGGGAAAAAGAAACAUUCUCCAGUAGUUUGUGCCUGCAGACCAUCAAUAUGAGGGUAAAGCACAUGAUCUCAGCAUUUAAGGUAUAUGUCUUUCUAUGUUUUGAGAAACAAAAUGACUUCAGUAUUAUUCUUUGUUGUAUCUUUUCUGUGUGUUUCAGUCCUUUGCUGAACAGCUGGUUGUUGCCAUGGUAAUGUUCCCAAAUAUAUGUUGAAUAAAUAAAUGAAUUAGUUGCGGAACAUCUGACGAUUGUGUGUUCUUUUAGCACAUAAUCAAGAUAUUUACAAUAAAUAUUAAACGUUGACAUUUGUUCCC